UAUCUCAGUCUCCUCCUCACAAAGAGUCAAAUCCGCUUUCCACGAAACUUUUUUCUUCCUUCGCUUAAAAGGGAGAACCCUUUUCAACGCCGGAUUCAACCCACGAAAAAGUGUGUGUUUGUUGCUUUGCCGUGUAGCGAUGGGAAGAGCGCCUUGCUGUGACAAGAAUGGGCUCAAGAAAGGGCCAUGGACGCCUGAGGAAGAUCUCAAGCUCAUCAACUAUAUUCAGGCUCAUGGACCUGGUAACUGGAGGACCCUUCCCAAGAACGCCGGGCUUCAAAGAUGUGGGAAGAGUUGUCGCCUUCGCUGGACUAACUAUCUGAGACCAGACAUCAAGAGAGGAAGGUUUUCUUUCGAGGAAGAAGAGACCAUCAUCCAACUGCACAGCAUCUUGGGCAAUAAGUGGUCGGCUAUAGCUGCUCGCUUGCCCGGGAGAACUGACAACGAGAUCAAGAACUACUGGAACACCCAUAUUAGGAAGAGGCUCCUCCGGAACGGGAUCGACCCAGUGACUCACGCACCUCGCCUCGAUCUUCUCGAUCUCUCCUCGCUUCUCAGCUCGUCUCUAUGCAACCCUCCUCUCAUCAACAUGGCUAACUUGUUGAAAACGCAAGCCCUGUUGAACCCAGAGCUCUUAAGGCUUGCUUCGACCAUAUUGUCGCUCAAAAAUGAAAACCCAGAUCUGCUCUCGCAAAAUAAUCUGCAGGAGAACCAAAUCUCUGAUCCGAAUGCUUUCCCAUUGUCCCACUCCAAUCAAUUUCAAGUUCAAGCUCAAUCUCAAGGUCAGCAAGUUCCAGCUUGCACCACUUCUACCCUUCCCUGUGGUCCACUUGUGGACCAAGCACAACUUGGACAGGCCAAUGUAGGAGAUUUCCCGUCAAACUUGCCGAGUAAUUUCAGCUGUUCAAACACCGGACAAAUUAUUGUGCCUCCAAUGGAAAGUCAAGAUUUGGUGUCACAGCCGCACUAUAUUCAGUGCAAUUCGAGUCCGGCUAUGCCUGCACCAUUGGAAAAGUUGUGUCACUUCCAACCAAACAAUGGCGACGACCAGAACUUCAGGUUCGACUCAAUCAUGUCGACUCCGUUGUCCAGUUCUACACCAUUGAAUUCAUCGUCCACAUUCGUGAAUAGCAGCUCCGAGGAGGAGAGAGAGAGCUACUGCAGCAGCUUCUUCAAGUUCGAGCUUCCAGAGAGUUUGGACAUUAACGACUUCAUGUGUUAAUGCCUUCCAAUUAUUACGGAGUGCAGAAUAAUGAAGUCGAUGAAGUAGGACCUCUUUUUGUGGCUUUUUUCUGUUUUUAAUUCUUCAUUACCCUUUUUUUGGUGAGGUUUUGGUUGUAUCUUCGCUGGCUGUCAAUAUAUGGAAUUCUUUGUAUGCUUGUGCAGAGAAUAAGACUUUUAUCAUCUUUCAGAGAA